UCUAAUUUAUGAUUGUUAGAAAUAUUUUAUUCCCUUGACAUCCUUUCAUUCUCUUGUACUUUUGUUGAUCCGGAAUAUAGAAACAUGGACGGGGAAUGUCUCUCUGUCACUGUGGUAGACAGAGUAACAAAGCUCGACACUCUUGGUGGUUAUGUUUUCUUGGUGUUUCUGGUGUGUCUUAUCAUUGGAUUUAUCCUCGGUCUUUUGUUAGCACGGUGCAUUCUAAGGGAAUUGGAGGAGCAAUACUCCCAAAGGAGAAGUAAAUCACAAACUGAAGCAAUUCUUAUUGAAGUAGAGAAUGAAGUAAAAAUACAAGAGACGUCUGGAAAGAAAAUGGGCAGUAACAGGAUAGCUCCAAUGCCUGUGUCAACCAAAAACACAGCUGAUAUAGCCAUAGAGAUGGAACCCACCCACCUUAGCACUGGCAGUCUUCAUAGUCAAUCAGCUUGGACAGGAGAACAAGACAGCAACAACUCAACAGUUGUUUAUGCCUUGAGCAAAUCUUCAGGAGAGGAAAUGGAACUUGAAAUUCAAAAACAAGAUUUCAAGUCAAUUGAGGAAAUGGAAACUAAUAUCCGUCUACAGAAGAGUGAGACAUUCCUACAGUUGUUGAAGAUGAUUUUGAGUUUCUUGGUGAGCAAAUCCAGAAUAAGCGAAGGGUUUCGAAGAGAUUCUCUGGCCAAAUAUGAGCAGGCAAUUGAAGACAUAGACAGGAAUGCUAAGGAGGAGAUGCAAGCUGAAGAACAGGAGCUUAGAACAACCAUUGUGGAUCCCAUGAAGCUUGAUCAAGCAAUAGAGGGUCUUCAUUCCAAGUACUCUAAGAGAAUGGCUACAGAGAGAAUGGAACUACAGGAGAAACUGAGAACAGAUCUGAUGCAGGGCACUGAAUUAUCAGAACAAGAGGCAGAGCAGAUUGUUGCCAAACUCAUGAUGAACAUGGCUGCUGUUGACAAAAGGUUGGCUGAGGAAGCCAGUAGGCAGAAUAAGGUUUUACACGAAAGACUUGCACGAAGACAAGCACUUGCUCAACAAAGAGUUGCAGAUAAUCAACAGGAAAAAGAGGAAUUUGACGACCGAAUGAAACAGCCGCAGAAGAAUUUAGACGUUUUGUGCAAAAGGGGAAAGCUCUCAACUGACCAGAAGGACAGGAUCAUGGAUGAAUAUGAACAAGAUCUCAGAGUUUUAGAAGAGAAACAUCAGCAAGCUAUCCUGAAAAGCCAAAAUGAUUUAAACGAGAAGCUCAGAAGAAAGCGGGAGCAAAGAAGGAGAAAACUAGAAAUGGAACAAGCUGCAGAAAAAGAGGAUUUUGAAAGGAAGGCCAACCAGAUGAUCACUGACGGUAACAUGACAGCUGAGGACUUCCUGGAGGCAAACCACAAACUUAGAGUGCAGCAGCAAGUUGCGCGUGAAGAAGAGGAGGACAGAGCUGAUGAGUUCGAAGUGGAAGAACUGAACGUCCUCCGAGAGAAACUGGAGGAAAAGCGACAGCGCAGUUUGAAAGAAAAAGAGGAAACGUUGUUUGAACAGAUUAGAAACGAGGCGCAUCUGUCUUCAAAGGAAGCUGAGAAAUUGGUGAACAAGCACCUGGAAGAAGUCAACGAAGCAAACGAAAGGAAAAACCGUGAGCGUGAGAGGCAACGAGCUGUGAUUCAAGAGAAACUGGAAGAAAGGAAAAAGAGAUGGGAGAGGGAUUUAGAACGACAGCAAGCUGAACAGAACCAGUUGGUUGCAGAGCAAGAGAAAGCCAUAAAACAAGUGUUAAAUACCCAAGCAGGACUCGCGGAAGAAUUACGUAAACAAGUAAUGCUAGAACACGAGCAGAACAUGAUAGCGCUGAAUGAUCAUUUACAGAUGACGAGACUGAGACAACAGAAAAGAUUGGAACAGCGCCUGGCAACACGACGAGCCAGGCUGGCUGAAAUGAGGCAACAGAUGGAGAUGGAACGAAAAGAACACGGUGACAACGAUCCAGAAGCCAUGAGGAAUCUUGCAAGAGUUCAGAACAUUGAAUAUCAAGCUGAGGUGAAGAAAAUCGAGGCUGAACAUCAGACGGCUUUAGAAGAAUUGAGAAGACGUUUAGCGGCCGAGACAGAGGAAGCUUUAAGAGAACAAGACGAGAGACUUGGUAAAAUCCUGGGCAAACUGCAGGUUGCAGUAGCUAGGCGGGAAGAGAUCAUUAAAAAGCAAGACGAAGCUAUCCGUUCCCUGGAGAAAAAGCUGGUAGAGAACAUGACGAGAGAAGGCACGUUAGCUGAUGCACAGACUGAUAAGAUUUUGAAACAACAUCAGAAACAAGUGGACAAGUUGAAUACACAGAUAGAUAUGGAGAAGGAAAAACAGAUGCAAAAGAUUCGAGAGAAAAUUGCAGCAAAGCAACAAAAGAAAGCGAGAGCUUUGGAAGCGAAACUUUAUCAAGAGAAAGAAGACCAAAAGAGUAAAGCUGCUCAAUCUGCGGGAACCAAGAUAAUCACACUUUUAGCAGAGCAGCGCCACAGGAGAGAAAUGGAGGACCUAGAGCGUGAAAUGCAGUUGGACCUUGCGCGUCAAUUGGAAGAGAUCAAUAAAGAAAUGGACGAACAACUCUUGGCGGACUUGCAGGAAGAAGAGAGGAAGUUUAUUGCGACUUUAGCAGAGAAUAGUGCAGCAACUGAAGAAGAAUUGCUUGAAACAAUCAAGAACUCUGCGUCAGAAGUUGGAAUGGACUCUAAGCUGACAAAGAGUAUCGCGAAAGACGUUCGUAAACGAGUGAGAAGCGCCCGAACUCCUGCUCCAGAUGUAUGACCAGUCACUUGGCCACGUGACCUAAUUUGUUACUGCAACUGGGUUUACUGAUCUCUUUUGAGUUUAAUAUGACAUCACUUAAUUUUGCAUGUUGUGUGAUGUCAAACUUAAGAAUACAUGAAGAGAAACUCUCACUGAGUUUUGAUACUAGUUUUGGAUUUCGUUGGUUUUGUGGUUUUGCUUACUUUGCUCCGAGAUAGUUCGAGGAAACUCUUACCAAACUAACGCAAACACGACUUGGUAAGUCUCAUUUCCUGCUAGUUCACCGUCAAAUGUAGCAAGUUCGACUCACCUCACCCGGACCUCUCACCACUACCGACAACAAUCCUUCUCAGGACCACACUCACCCGGACGAUCAAACUAUACCAUCACAUAAAUUUUCCUUAUGGUCUCAAGAUUUGUAUCAUUCAAAUUGCUCCCAAAUUAAUAACUUACGUAUUUAGUUCAUCAAUUUGAUUCUCGAAAAAGUAUAACCAAGCAAACGCAACGACCAAUCAGAACACAAAUUUACAACAUUAGUCAAUAAGAAAUUAAAGCAAACACAGGUAGACGCGAAAGAAACUGAAUAUUUAAAGCAUGCAUUAUUAGAUGCAAAUAUUUAUUAAGUUUUCCGAUUUGAGGAAAACAUUGUUAUUACCAUAGGACCAAUUUGUUUUGAAAGAGUUUGUUACCAUUAAACGAAUGAGAUCAGUUAGAUCCUC